AUGGAGUUUCAUUCGAAGAUGCCCCAGGAAAUCGACGACAAACUCUUUCCUCCUCCUGUCCACAUCAGUCUUGCGAAGCGCGACAACGCGGCUUUCGUACCGCGAAUUUGGCCCGGUGUAUCGGCUGCGUCGACGAACACCCUUCGGAGCGUCCUGAAGGACAACCAUAUUCGAUGGCACGUUUUCUUCAACCAAAGAGGGUUCCACAAUCAUAUCCCUCAUGCUGCCUUGGCGCUGUGGUGCCUCGGUGCAGACGCCAGCAUCUUGGAGGCUUCAUAUAAGACGCAUUCUGACAUAUACGAACGGCCUGCCUUUGCUUCUCCUGGUCCCAUAACUCAGGAGACCUGGAAGGAUCACCUCAGCGAUGAGAAAUACUACGCAGCAUACGUCGAAUUCUUCACUCAACAGUAUGAAACCAAGACUUUCACAGACAUGCUUGAGGAAUAUGUUUUCGCAGAGAAUGCAAACUGGGUCGAGAAUACCCCGAAGCAGCCGGAAAUGGUCCCUCGCUUUAUCGAUGGAUUGUUCCACGCUCUUAUCCAUACUGGAUACGGAGUGGAAUUCGGAGUUCCAGGAGUCUCUCUCGAAGGUCUUGCCCAAGCCGCAGUCCACGACAGCACCUGCGGCAGUACUAUUCCGGCGUCCUCUUUGGAUACUGGAAUCGACGGCGAUUUGGCGUCUCGCUUCGCAGCCAACAUCGGCCUCUCCGAAACGAAAGACGUCCAUGCGUUCAGCAUCCUUGCUCGCGUUUUGACCGACCCGCGUUUCGCGAGCAACGGAAAACCCGACGAUGCAGUGCGUUUUGCCCUGGAUACGAUGAGGGUCCAUGGAAAGGCAAUUGCAAAACAUGUUGACCAAUGGACGUUGGACGGCGACUUAUCCAAGAAAGUCGAAGAGCUUCUCUGGACGGCGACGUUGGUGUAUGGCGUAGGUGGCUUGGAGGCGAACGGAGGGUUCAACGCUGAUUUCUUCCUCAUCCAUCUCGUCACUUCUUCACUGUUCCUCCCAACCAUCUUUUCACCCCUAAAGCGAAACUCUCAGAUCCAGCUUUUGAAGGCCUACUUCGGCUCCUUGAUUGCUUGGUACAUCGGUCGUGGCCGCCCCGAACUAGACAUUAAGUCAUUCUUCGCCAACCCCAGUACCCUCCUUCUCACCCCACCUGGCCCUCACCCGACUCAAAACAAGGUCGCACAGCCCUCGCCAACUUCGCCGCACGAAAUCACGCCAAAUCCCUGGCUUCAGAUCAUCCAGUCGACCCUAGUUCAUCCAGACGACCAUGUGUGCAAGUUGCAGAGGGCCUUGGCCGAUUUCGGUGCUUUCUUGGGGGAUGUCAAGAAGGGAUGCUUCGGGGGUACGGAGUUGAAGGACGCAGAAAUGAUCGACGGAACGCUGUUCCUCAGGACUGCUGGGCUGACUGCUGGUAGAGUGGGAUGGGUACGGGAGGGCGAACCUCAGUUGAUGGAGGCCUCUGCUUGGGAUCGUCGCGGUUUCUUUUAA